UUAAGAAGGCAGUCGGUAACUUUGAAAAGAGGUUUGGUCAGAGUGCGGCAGCUGUGAGUCUAUCAAGGGGGAAAAGUAUCUUUGAACAUGGUGCAGCAGACGGAGCACCGCGAGACGGAGAGCAGCAUGUCGCGAGAGACCACAGACAGCGAGGAGAACGAACUGAUGGCGUGCAGCCCUGUGCCACCGAAACCGGACUGGUGCAAGACAGCCACCGGCCACAUUAAACGACCCAUGAAUGCCUUUAUGGUGUGGUCAAAGAUCGAGAGGAGAAAAAUCAUGGAACAGUCUCCGGACAUGCACAAUGCUGAGAUCUCCAAAAGGCUAGGAAAGCGGUGGAAAAUGCUGAAGGACAGUGAAAAGAUUCCCUUUAUCCGCGAAGCCGAGCGGCUCCGGCUCCAACACAUGGCUGACUACCCCGACUACAAAUACAGACCGAAGAAAAAACCAAAGCUCGACAGUUCUUCGAAACCAGCGGUGCAUUCGCCGGAGAAGAUCAGCAAAAGUGUCAAAGCUGCGGGGAAGAAGUGCGCAAAGCUCAAGCCGAGUAAACCGGGGAACGUUACAGCGAGAGCUUCUUCACAAGACUGCAGAUUCAACUAUGUUUUCACAAACUUAAAAGUGACCAAGUCUAUCAAAAGGGAACUUACUGACGACGAAGACGAGGACGAUGACGACGACGACGAGGAGGAUGAGUAUGAGGAUGAGGAGCACAUCAGGCUGCACAACGUCCCCGCGAGCCCCACGCUGAGCUCCGCUGCGGAGUCCGAGGGCGCGAGCAUGUACGAGGAGUCCAGACACACGAGCGCAACUCCCGGCAGCAGACUGUUUUACAACUUCAAGAACAUUACCAAGCAGAGCGCAGCUUACCCUGCCUCGGUGUCACCAGCAUCAUCUUUCAGGUCCGUUUCUUCUUCGUCCAGCAGCUCCAGCGAGGACUCCGAUGACUUGCUGGUAGACUUCAGUUUGAACCUAGCGGCUGGCUCUCACACGACGGACUUGGGGAACACUUCAGGAAACCUUUGUCUCUCUCUGGUGGAUAAAGAUUUGGACUCUUUCAGCGAGGGCAGCCUUGGUUCUCACUUCGAGUUCCCGGACUAUUGCACUCCCGAGCUCAGCGAGAUGAUCGCGGGAGACUGGCUGGAGGCGAACUUUUCAGACCUAGUUUUCACUUACUAACUGACAAACUCCAGAACCAAGGAGGCAUCUCGCAUCUUCAGGUUAUUUUUUUGACUGCCUCUGUGGUUGUCCCGGUUUUGACAACGGAACCCGCGUUACGAGACUUGUAACGUAGGAAAGAAAAGUGACAACAUGGUCAACAUUGACAGGGCUGUGUGUAUGGCAAGCGCUUUUAACAUGUAUUCCUUAAAACUACAUAGCAUCUAUUUGAAUCUGACUCGCUUAUUUUUAUCCUAGCAAGUAAUCCAUUGGUUUCUUUUUCAGUUCACUAGAACUUAACCAGCAAUAUUACUUAUUCUGUUAAGUUGACAAGUAACUAUUCUUCUGUUACUGGUAAAACAAAUUUUUUUUUUUUUUUUUUUGGUGGGUCAUUGCCAGAUGUGAAUUAUUCACUAUAUGUGUUUUGUAACUGUUGCUGGUAUAUGUUCCAGUUUUACUAGUACCUAAUUAUCAGGCACUAGUGUGUAUUCCAGUUGGUAUAGGAUAGUGACUAGUAGGAAUAAGUAAUAGUGUGUUAUAUAAAUGAUUGAUUGCUAGUGAAAUUGAGAUACUAACAACUGUUGAAUUGCUUACUAACUAAAAUAAGUGCUAGUCCUAUGAAAAUAGAUACAAUUUAGUUUAAAGCAAUAAAUGUUAAAGUAUCUUGCCAUAGUGUGUGGUUAUUCUGUGGGGUUGCAGUGAAACUGCUUAAACUGUGGUGGAGAGCAAAAUGUAAAAUCUGAACUAUGCAUUCCCAUCCCACCCAUAUCUCUACAGGGAACUGGCAAACAGCCGUUGGACCGAAUGGAGGCAAUUCUGAAACUGUUCAGGAUGGAACUUUUUCUGAGGUCUUAUGUAAUUUCUGUACACCACAAAUGUUUUUUUUUCUUGUAAUGGUUCAGUUUCCCUUCAAGUACAGGAAUAUUUAAGCAGAUAACCACUCUAGAACACACAGGUAUGGCAGGAAGCAUUUUGAUACAUAACCAACAUACCUCAUCUUUUUAAAAAAAAAAAAGUAAAAUAUUUUCUGGCAUAUUUUUGUACAGUUAAAGGGAAUGUUCUUACUGUGCUUUAAGUGAGGUUUCUUCAGGCACUUCAACCCGGUUUUAUUUGUAAAAGCAUGCAAAAAUUAAACCGAGAAUUCGAACUGAGAAUUUAAAUGCCUGGUUAUUUUACUCAAGGCAAAUGUACAGCUGUAGAUCUGAAGCGUUUCUUUAGGGAAGUGUACAAUGGAAUUGGGGGAACACAUGAGCCUAAUUUCUGGUACUAGAUUGAAGAUUGUAUAUGUUCUGUAAUA